CUUCUCUUUCCUUACAAUUAAACAGGCACUCGGCAAUCUGUAUUUCGCCAUCCGGACCAUCGACAACCUGCAGAUGUGGAACUUCCUGACGCACGAGUGGGAAACGGUAGAGGGCAAAAACAUCCACACCGGCAACAUUGAAUCGGUGGCAUCGAAGGAAAAGGCUAAAUUCCCGCAGCAGUUCUUCCCAGAGUGCAAAUGGUCACGCAAAGGCUUCAUGCGGACACGCUGGUCCCUGAACGGGAGCGUCUUUGAUCUGGUCAACAUCCACUUGUUCCACGAUGCUUCCAACUUGGCUGCGUGCGAGGAAUACCCCUCCGUGUACUGCAAGAGCCGACGGCGGGCGUUGAUCCACACACUGGAAAGAUUUCACCAGGAUUCAGUCAACCAAGCCGUGCCAUACUUUGUCUUUGGUGAUUUCAACUUCCGGUGUGAUACCGAAGGAGUCGUCAAAAAGCUGACCGAGGAUCUGACGAUGCAUCGGAUUCCGCACCCAAAGAGCGACAACUCCAAGGUUCAGUACCGGGACUCGGACGGUGCCAACGUACUUACGCUGGGCAAGAAGGAGUUCACCCACUACGACCAGAGCACAUUCAAAGAAAGCUGGCUGCGUCAGUUCGAUCGGGAGCUCGAUUCGCUCCGCAGCAUACUGCACGAGUAUCCGAUUACAUUCCCGCCUUCGUACCCGUACGAGGAGGAUCCCGGGCAGCCGGGCAGCUACAUGAGUACCCGGUGUCCGGCCUGGUGCGACCGGAUACUGAUCAGCCCGGCGGCGCGCAAACUUAUCGACGACGAGCGGGAGAACGGAAAAACCGGCAAUGCGACGACGGCGACGAUGGCGGCCGCCAAGGGUACCUACGGUAUCAUGGGCGAGGUGGUUUGCAUGGGAGAUCAUAAGCCGGUGUUCCUGAACGUGCGAAUCAAGACGAGUCAAGGUAUUUUAAAUUACUGUUCCUGUGAUACGCAUGCGCAUAGACGUGUUGAACACAAUUCCAAUAGUAGUAGCAAUAGUACCGUUAAUGUUAAUCAUAUCAAUAACAACAAUAGCUGCAGUAGUAUUUUAGUUAGCAAACUUAUUAGCAAUAAUAGCAAUGUGAACGACGCCACUAGCAUAAUCAGCAACCACAACAACCUCCACCACCUCAACAACAGCAACAGUCUCCUCAGUUUCCCUUCCGGCUUGACGGCGGCGACACAUCCCGACAAUAACCGUCCUCCUUCCACUGCCACAGCCCUAACAAGCACUGCUCUGAGCACCCUUACUAGUUCGCCACUAGCCACUCUUAACCAGCAUCACUGUUCCGUCUGCUUCGAUCGCAUUCAGUCCACGUUCGAUGAGAUUCUUUCGGAGUUGGAACUUCCGCUUGGUACCUGUGCCGGUGGUGCGCCAUCUGUCGAAAACACCCCAGCCAAAAAGAAUCCUCAGGAUACGGGUCAUCCGGCCAAAGCACCUCCCCCGGUGCGGAUCAGCGUGUUCGACACGGACACCAAUGCCAACGUUUGCAUGUGUUCAUUGUACAGCAGUAGCUUUAGCCUGGUAGGUGGCGAAUGUAGGCGUAGCCGUUCCGGCUCGAUAAGCUGCCCCGAUCAGUCCCAGGUGGAUACCGGGGGCGGCGGUGGUGGCGUGAAUAAUCCACAGAUCUGCCCCAACUGCCGGAACAUCAUCAAACACCAGCCGAUGGAACAUCGGAAGACGCUGAUCUCGCGACGCCUCAUGCUGGCCAACGACAUCAUCGUCAAUCGGAUCGAUACUCACUACCUGAACACCUAUACCACCACAGCCGGAGGAAUCACCUCGACGGCCGCUGGCGCCAACCGCCAGUUCGAACCGUACACUCCCGAAAGUGUAGAAUCUCACUCGCCUGCUCCGGAAAGCGCCGACAAUAAGCCGGACUUUGACGACGAAUCACAGCUCACCGAAGGGGGUGACCUGGAAGACUACACCGCCGACGCUGUAGACAGCCUGCAGAAACCCCUGAAAGAACCCCUUGCGCAACCGAACCUUUCCAUAACGAACUCCUCCUCCAAAAAGAACACCUCCAUAAGUGGAGGCGUUUCGCCCCGACAGCUUAAAUCGCGCCUGGAAAAGCUCAAACGGAUCUCGGACCGGCGGAAAACCUACCAGGAGACGAAGGCACUGGCGGCAGCGGCCAACAGCAGCACCACCUUGGGGGAAGAAUUGCAACCCCUAGACGACGGCGGGUUGGCGGGUAAAUCUAGUCAGCUUCAGGGCAAGGAGGUGGACGAGGUGAUCUUUGUCGGAGGGGACGCAGGUCAGCCCAUCCGGCGGCAUCUGCUGGAGGAUGCCGAGAGGCGCAGCAGCGAGCGGAAACUGGUGGACUGCUGUCGGCGGUGGGAUUGCUGUGCAAUUUCGUAGUUAGUGUGUGCGCAAUCCUCUCGAUCGCGAUGACGAGGAGCUUGUUUGUAGAUUCGUUAUUUAUGUAUGUUAUGUGUGAAUGUUUAAGUUGCUCUGAUUGUACUUAUACGAUUAAGAAUUAUUGUUUGUGGUUUCAACGUUUUUCUGCAAGUAAAACCAAACAAAUGCAAGAAAUUAAAAUUGGUUUAUUUUUAUUUA